GCUAAAGCCACUCGACGACUUAACUUUUCAUUUGGGUUUGCUCUUCUUCCUCUUCUCACUUUCCAAGCAUAAGAAUUCUUCGUCGCACAGGUAGUUCAUAUUAAUCAGUUAAUUUUGUGGUCUGAAAUCUUGAUCGGCAACCAUGGGAAUGGCAAUAUCUCGGCUUGUAAGGAUGCUGUUUGCAAAGAAAGAAAUGAGGAUUUUAAUGGUGGGUCUUGAUGCUUCUGGAAAAACAACCAUUUUGUAUAAGUUGAAGCUUGGAGAGAUUGUCACCACCAUACCCACCAUCGGUUUUAAUGUCGAAACGGUUGAGUACAAGAAUGUUAGCUUUACAGUGUGGGAUGUUGGAGGCCAAGAUAAGAUCAGACCUCUAUGGAGGCACUAUUUUCAGAACACGCAUGGUCUUAUCUUCGUGGUGGAUAGCAAUGACAAAGAUAGGAUAUCAGAAGCCAGGGAUGAGCUUCACAGGAUGCUCAGUGAGCAUGAACUGGUUGAUGCAACUGUGCUGGUGUUUGCCAACAAGCAAGACCUUCCAAAUGCUAUGACUGUUGCUGAAAUCACUGAUAAACUUGGCCUUCACUCACUUCGACAUCGUCGCUGGUACAUCCAGGCCACUUGUGCCACUUCAGGCCAAGGACUGUAUGAAGGUCUUGAUUGGCUGUCUAGCAAUAUCUCAAACAAGGUCUAAUCCCAGUUGUUUUGAUGAACACCUUGUGGGAAAGCUCUUUAAAUGAAACCAGAAGGAACCUAAAUAUGUACCUGAAAGACCUGUGCACUCUGGUCUGCAGUGUUGAAUUCUCACGUUUUUGUGUAAAGUUUCGGUUUGAGAUCCAAGAAAGAUAUGUACAAAAGCAGUGAUGGAAGAACUCCAUGCCAUGUGAACGAUAAUAAAGAAAAAUUAAAAAAUAAAUGUUAUUUAUAAAUGUGGGUCUUGUUGCUCCA